CGGACUCCAAACACGUACACAGCGAAGUCAGCAAUCCUGAGAGGAAGCAUUUGAACACUUCGAUAGGGUGGGGGCACACUGCAGAUUCACCAUCGCCAAUACCACAGCUUGAGACUUCGAUAGAGGAAAUGAUGUUGGAUGGUACUGAAGACGAGGACAAAUUCCUCGCUGCCGGAAUCGCUGGCCUUCAACAGAAUGCCUUCUAUAUGCACCGUGCACUGGAUUCGAACAAUCUCAGGGAUGCUUUGAAGUAUUCAGCUCAGAUGCUUUCUGAGCUUCGGACUUCCAAGCUUUCCCCUCACAAGUACUACGAACUCUACAUGCGGGCCUUUGAUCAAUUAAGGAGGCUUGAGAUCUUCUUCCAGGAAGAGACUCGUCGUGGAUGCUCCAUAAUUGAUCUUUAUGAACUUGUUCAGCAUGCUGGCAACAUUUUGCCUCGGUUGUAUCUCCUCUGUACCGUAGGAUCUGUUUACAUCAAAUCCAAGGAAGCUCCUGCUAAGGAUGUUCUUAAGGAUCUUGUGGAAAUGUGCCGUGGCAUCCAGAACCCUGUUCGUGGACUCUUCCUUAGAAGUUACCUUUCUCAAAUCAGUAGGGAUAAAUUGCCUGAUAUUGGUUCUGAGUAUGAAGGGGAUUCAGACACUGUAACAGAUGCUGUAGAGUUUGUGCUCCAAAAUUUCACUGAGAUGAACAAGCUUUGGGUGCGGAUGCAACACCAGGGCCCUGCCCGAGAUAAGGAGAAACGGGAGAAAGAAAGGAGUGAGCUGCGUGAUCUUGUGGGAAAGAAUCUACAUGUACUUGGUCAGAUAGAGGGUGUUGAUCUUGAAAUGUACAAAGAUGUUGUACUUCCCAGAGUACUAGAGCAGGUGGUAAAUUGCAAGGAUGAGAUAGCCCAGUUUUACUUGAUGGAUUGCAUAAUUCAAGUCUUCCCUGAUGAGUAUCACUUGCAAACUCUAGACGUGUUGUUGGGUGCUUGCCCUCAACUUCAGCCAUCUGUGGACGUCAAGACGGUACUCUCCCAAUUAAUGGAAAGGCUUUCAAACUAUGCUGCUUCAAGUGCGGAGGUGUUACCUGAGUUUUUGCAAGUAGAAGCAUUUUCAAAGUUCAGCAAUGCCAUUAGCAAGGUGAUAGAAGCUCAGCCUGACAUGCAUACUGUUGGAGUUGUAACCCUAUAUUCUUCUCUUCUGACCUUCACUCUUCAUGUCCACUCUGAUCGACUUGAUUAUGCAGAUCAAGUUUUGGGGGCAUGUGUGAGAAAACUCUCUGGCAAAGGGAAGAUUGGCGACAGCAGGACAACAAAGCAGAUUGUUGCUCUUUUAAGUGCCCCACUAGAAAAAUAUAAUGAUGUUGUGACUGCCUUAAAGCUUUCAAACUAUCCUCGUGUCAUGGAAUACCUUGAUAUUCCUACAAAUAAGGUCAUGGCCAGUGUUAUUAUUCAAAGCAUGAUGAAAAACAGGACAUGCAUUUCUACUUCAGAAAAGGUUGAAGCAUUGUUUGAACUGAUCAAGGGGCUUAUUAAGGAUUCUGAUGGAACUCCUACUGAUGAGUUGGAUGAAGACGAUUUCCAAGAGGAGCAGAACUCUGUUGCACGGUUAAUCCAGAUGCUUUAUAAUGAGGAUCCAGAAGAGAUGUUUAAGAUUAUAGAUACUGUGAGGAAGCACAUACUGACCGGAGGACCAAAACGUCUGCCUUUUACUGUUCCUCCUCUUGUCUUCUCUUCUCUAAAGUUGGUCAGACAGUUGCAAGGUCAAGAUGAAAAUCCUUUUGGAGAUGCAGCAACAUCACCAAAGAAAAUCUUUCAGCUUUUGAAUCAGACAAUUGAAACUCUGUCAGCUGUUCCUGCACCAGAAUUGGCUCUACGAUUGUACUUGUUAUGUGCUGAGGCUGCAAAUGACUCUGAUCUAGAGCCCGUUGCAUAUGAAUUUUUCACCCAAGCUUAUAUUUUGUAUGAAGAAGAAAUUUCUGAUUCCAGAUCGCAGGUUACUGCUAUGCAUUUAAUAAUAGGAACCCUUCAAAGGAUGCAUGUCUUUGGUGUUGAGAAUAGGGAUACGCUAACGCACAAGGCCACUGGGUAUUCAGCAAAGCUCUUGAAGAAGCCAGAUCAAUGCAGAGCUGUUUAUGCAUGCUCACAUCUGUUUUGGGUUGAUGAUCAUGAUGACUUGAAAGAUGGAGAGAGAGUUCUGUUAUGCCUCAAGCGAGCUUUAAGAAUUGCAAAUGCUGCCCAACAAAUGGCAAAUGCAGCACGAGGUAGCACUGGAUCAGUUGUGCUUUUCAUUGAGAUAUUGAACAAGUACCUAUACUUCUUUGAGAAGGGUAACCCACAAGUCAACGUUGCUGCUAUCCAAGGCCUAAUUGAGUUAAUCAUGACUGAAAUGCAAAGUGACACCGCAACCCCUGAUCCAGCUGCAGAUGCUUUCCUUGCGAGCACACUGCGAUAUAUUCAGUUUCAGAAACAAAAAGGUGGUACGGUUGGAGAGAAGUAUGAGCCCAUCAAGGUUUGACUUUGGUUUGGACAUGAAGCCAUUUUUGGGCCUCGUUCUUUUUACUACGAGUUUCUAGUGUUUCCUUUUCUGAAUUUCAACCAAGAGGCUUGAGACUUGAGAGUUUGUCUUCCGAUCAGGUUCGACAACCCAUUCAUUUAGUCAGUAACCAGGAAAAAAAAUAAUAAUAAAAUAUAUAUUAUAUAUAUAACCUUGGUUUCACUAUGUAUCUUUUGUUUUCGCCAACUUAUUUUACCAAUGAAGAGAAUUUAUUCGUUGUAGUACUGUUGCUCGAUUUAGAAAAUUAUGCACAAUAGUCAACAAAGGGUGGAUUUAUGGUUA